AUGACUUCGACAUCCGACCCAUCGCACAUGGCGGUUCAAGCCGACGCCGACGGCCGCGCAUCCCCAAACAACUCGCGCAGCAGCGACGAGAAGGCCAUGGACGAGAAGAGGGGCGCCGCCACCGCGGUCGAAGAAGACGUCGACGUCGUUGCCGUCAGCUACCAGGACGGCGACGAGAUCCGCGAGUCGGACUACACCGAGGAGCAGUACAAGACGCUCCUGCGCAAGAUCGACAGGUACCUGCUGCCGCUGAUGUGGUUCUGCUACGGCAUCCAGCAGACGGACAAGACGGCCCUCAGCACCCAGGCCAUCUUCGGCCUGCGCGAGGACACGGGCCUCGUGGGCCAGCAGUACUCGUGGCUGACAACCAUCUUCUACAUCACCUACCUCUGCGGAGAGUUCCCGUCCAACUUCCUCCUGCAGCGCUGGGCCCUGGGCCGGUCGCUCAGCAUAUACAUGCUUUGCUGGGGCGUCUGCGUCAUCGCCAUCGCCGCCGCGCAAAACUGGACGCACCUCAUGGCCAUCCGCGGGCUGCAGGGCUUCUUCGAGUGCACGAUAUCGCCGGGGUUCGUGCUCGUGGUGGGGUCGUGGUACCGGCGCGAGGAGCACUCGUCGCGGGCGCUCUUCUGGCAGUCGGCCAACGCCGGCUUCGGCAUCAUCGCCAACCUCGUCAUGUACGGCAUCGGCUCGCACGCCGAGCGCUACGGCGGCCUCGCCCCCUGGCGCUGCAUCUCGCUCUUCCUCGGCGCCACCACCAUCGUGCUCGCCCUCAUCUGCUUCGCCCUGCUCGGCAGCCCCAAGGAGGUGCGCUGGAUGAGCACGGAGGAGAAGCGCAUGGCUGCUGCCCGCAUCCUGAAGAACAAGGCCGGCCGUGACGUGACCGGCGUCAAGUGGUCGUGGCCGCAGGUCGGAGAGGCUUUCCGCGACCCGCAGCUGUGGUUCAGCAUGAUCAACGCCUUUCUGUCCUCGGUGCCAAACGGCGCUUUGACAACGUUCGGGGGACUCAUGUACAAGUCAUUCGGCUUUGACGAGCUCCAGGUCCUGCUCAUCGAGAUCCCACGUUCCGUCACGUCCCUGGUCAUCUUCUUGAUCGUCGGCAUCUACACGCGCAAGGUGGCCAACAGGCGCAUGUACAUCAUGGCCGCCGCCACCAUCCCGCCCUUCGUCGGCAUGCUCGCGCUGGCGCUGCUGGACAACACGUACGCGAACCGCUGGAUCAAGUGGGGCAUGUACUUGAUGACGGUACCUUUUGUGCUCUCCCUCUUCUUGGCCUGGACGUUGAUCCCCUCCAACGUCGCCGGCCGCACGAAAAAGACCAUCAUCUCCUCGGCCACCUUCCUCGGCUACUGCGUCGGCAACAUGUGCGGCUCGCAGAUCUUCAAGGCCGCCGACGCCCCGCGCUACGUGCCCGGCACCAUCGGCGCCUCCGUCGCGCUCGGCGCCGAGUUCCUCCUCAUCUGCGCCUGGCGCGUGUAUUACGUGCGCCAGAACCGGGCGCGCGACCGCGCCGCGGCCGAGAGCGGCGUCGGCGAGGAGGAGCGCGAGCGGGUCGGGAGGAGCAUGGGGGAGGGCGACGUGACGGAUUUGGCGAAUCCGCAUUUUAGGUAUACCAUGUGA